AUGUCAAAUACCGUUUCCGCAAGCGUCGCGGACGCGGACUACGAGGGCGGGUGGCUCUUCCUCGGCGAGCCCGCGUCGUACGACACCGGCGACACGGCCACCGUCAAGUUCAACGGGACCGGCGUGCAAGUGCUCGGCUGGCAAGCCCUCGCGGGCGGCACCAACGCGAGCACGCUCAACGCGUCCACCUGGUCCGUCGACGGCGGCGCGUCCAUGACGUACGCGCAGAUAACCGACGGCUCCCCGGACAACCCGCUCGUCAUGUUCGUCGCGAGCGGGCUCGCGCGCGGCGCGCACACGCUCGUGGGCACGAACGAAGGCGUGACGCUCUUCCUCGACACGUUCGUGUUCGCGACGGGCGACGACGUGGGAACGACGACGGACUCGGUGGGGACGUCGUCGACGGCGUCGGGGACCUCGGUCACGAGGGGGACGACGACGGAGGGGACCAACACGGGUGAGACGACGAGUUCUAGAGGGACUGUAGGCGGGAGCACAUCCACUUCAUCCUCUAUCGGGAGCUCGUCUGUGACGGUCAUCAGCAAUACAUCCACGACGACGACGACGAUGGCAUUCACAUCGCAGGCUUCGUCUACCACUGCCACCCCCGGUAACAGCGGCAGCAGUGGCAGUUCGAGCGGAGCCGUCGGCACCCCGCAAAACACCAACGCAGCCGCACAGGCCCAAGACAAGCACGGCGUUCCUGCAGGUGCAGUGGCAGGCGCGGUCAUUGGAGCUGUCGCGCUCCUCGCGCUCGCGGCGGCGGCACUGGUGUGGGCGCUGCGCCGGAGGCGGCGAUCCAGGCGCGUCGCGCACGGGUUCUUGCUCGAUCCCAAUGAGAAGGGUGCCGCUUCUCCGGGUGGGUCUGGCGGCGGCGCGUCGGGGUCGGGCGUCCUGCCGUCGCUCUCCGGCGGCAGCACGGGUGCGCUCCUUCGCCCACAGAAGGCCGGGCUCAGCGCGCAGUCCAGUGGGAGCGACGUCUCGCACGCGCACGCGACCACGCACAGCGCGUCGGAGCGCAUUCUCGACAUGCGCUCCGCGCCUUCAUCGCCCGUCGCGCAGCCGGCCGCAUCUCCACCAGACGCAACGCCCACAUGGCACGCUUCGAACCCUACUGGCGCCGGUUUUCAAGCAGGGCCCGCACGCGAGCCACAGCGAAGACGCGCUAAGGACCCCGCUGCCGCGGUGUCGCGCGCGCCCCCAACACCUAUCCCGGAGGCCUACGCGCCCCCUCCAUCUCAGCCUUCCGCGGACAACGGGCGAAGACGCGGGCCACGCUACGAGACGGACGGGGGCGUGAGCCUCGGCCGGGGCUUGCUGGACGACAACGACGACGACGGAGACGACGGGGCGUCGAUGUCGACGCUGCCGCCGCCGUACUUUUCCAUCCCACAGACACGCGGGGCGCGGCGGCCGACACGGACAAUCGCGGGGUUCCAUGAGAUUUUGUCUGAGCGCGAGCGUUCGACCUUCUGGUACAGGAUCCACUGCGAUGCCCGCGCCAGGGUUUCGGCCGCCGCCGACGAUCGUGCGGGGCGCGAGCGGAGGCUCGCUGCGCGCCGCAUUCCACUGCUUAAGUACGCUCCUGCAGGCGUCCGCGAGCCUGCGCGGCUGCGUCUUGACGUGACUUUCCGUCGCAGACAGCGUCAGACCGUCCUCUCUGCAGCACGGCCGAGGCGACGUGCCCCGUUAAACGCACUGCCGCAAAGUUCUAAACAGCAUAGCCCGAUUCCCUGCUGCCGCCCUGAAAUCACGAUGAAUGCUACCCAGUGCAACACCAACGAUGGAUUUGUCUGCGUUGACGGGUCGGUCGGGGCGGACCCUCGACUUUCUUUCAACGGUUUAUGGAGCUACCUGGACAACGGCAGCUCGAGCUUCCUGAACGGCACCGUCGCGUACACCACAACCCCCGCGAACGUAUCCCAGGACUUCAGCGGCCAAUUACGCGGGACUUUUGGUGUCUUUGAUGCGAGUGGUACGCUCCUGACUCCUGCUUCCGAGUCUGAUUUUCACCACUUCGCAGACACGCCUCUCAGCGACUUCCAGGUGUACGGAUGGGUGCUCGCUCAUGCAGGCGAAGGAGACGGAACCCGAACCCCCCAAGCCAUCUUCAACUUCAACGCUAGGGCCUUCAGUCAGUACCAGGUCUGGUACAACACGACCGGGGUCGGCGACCCGUCGAACUACUCAAGCAUUGCGGACUUCGUGGCAUCGCUCCCGCCGCCGCAGCUCUUCUUCGGGGUCCAGGCGGAAUCUGCGCUUCCGCUCACGAACGUCACGUUCGCGCUGGACUACGGCUCGUUCUUCGCGAUCGACUACUUCCGCGUGCGACCUGCCACAACGACGGCGUCGACGAGCGGGAAGCACAGGUACACCCAUUGUGCGGGCAUCGCGGAGCGGUACAACGGAGUGAAUGUCGAGCGGGUGGAUGGAUACGUUGGUUCUGGGGUCGACGCAUCCCAGGUCGACGCAUCCCAGGUCGACGCAUCCCAGGUCGACGCAUCCCAGAGUUCCGACAAGCGCUCUUUGGCGAAUUCGAGGAGGAAUGGAUUUGACAGCGCGUGCGCGACGCGAAGCAGCAAGAGCCCGCCGUGA